AUGAUAUUGAUGAAGAUGAUAGCGAUGAAAAUGAUGAUAGCGAUGAUGAUGAUAGUUGUAAUACAAGUGAAAAUGAAGACGGAAAUGACCAAAAUCAUGAAGACUUGUAUUAUAAUAAUAAUGUGGUUGUAUAUGUUAAUUUGUAG